UCAAAACGUAUUAUGGUAGACAUGUGGAGGACAAUUCCAAAUCUGACACAUCAGUGAAAAAAGAAAUUAUGUCCGAGGCGAUUCGCAAUUUCGACUUGUGCCAUAAUUAUAUUGUUGUUUUUCAGGUGACCAAUUGACUUGCCUUUGCAUGUGUUUGUGAAGGUGCCACCGGUGGAGCGAGCUAUUUGACAGUGAUUCAUGAACACAUGAUAACGAUAUAAAUUUAGUCGGAAUCGUACAAUGGUCUUAAGAGUUUUCUGAUGGUUAUGGAAAAUGUUCUUUGUUCGUGUUUAUUUAGUAUUUUCAACUUAGAAACGAAAUAGUUUACGAACACCUUGCUAUAUCAUAGCGGUAUAUACAUGAACUAUAUUCACAAAAUUCAAAAUUCGAAAUACAUUUUGAUCUUUGAAAAGACACCAAAAACGUCACUGAAAACACGGUUUCCUCACACUGAAACCAACAGAAACAAUAGCAUGACGUCAUGUUAAAGAACAGAAUUAUGACGUCACAGAAACAUAUGACGACUGGCCGUAGUUAUUCAGUCCAUCGUGUGGCUUUGAUGUGUACAGCUGUUUAUUGCUGAAUCGUCUUCCGCGAUUUGUUUAUUUGGUAGAAUACUUCUUUCUAAAGCUCUACCAUGUCUCGGAGGUUACAGAAGAGUCGCAAAUCUAUUCACCCGAAUCUGGAGGUUAGACCAGGUCCGACAUUCCAACGAGGCCCACGUCAUACACGUCAGACACCAUGUCAGUACGAGGAAUUCAAUUCUGACAUGAGUAACAUUCAGGACAGAUUGUUGGGGAGACUGCCACCAGACGAUCGUCAACGGUGUAGAACCAGGCGGAACAUGGAAAUGGCCGACCCUCAUGAACCAAAGAGAAAACGGAAGCCUAAGGAACAGAUGGGACAGCCUGGAGAGGAUGACAGUAGCCGCCAUCUUCCAUCUGUUCGAAAUUGCCACCCUCUUUCCAGGGAACAGGAAGACGGGAACAGCAGACGAUAUCUGAGCGAGUGUCGUCAUCGUCUUGCGAAAAAAUGGGAAGAACAGAAACAAACUAUGAAGGAGCUCCAGAAGAAGAAAGAGGAAGAGCUCAAGGAACUUCAGACACUUCUUCGUAAAGAGAGGGCUGUCUUUAGAAUGAGUGUGCUCUCUGCUUCAGUCAGCCUUAGUAAAGAGAUCAAGAAGGAGAGGAAUGCACCCACCUUGAACAGGGUGAAAGUAUCCACCACAGCCCCUUCUUUGGAACUGACAAGGAAACCUAACGUCUGCAGAAAGGUUAAGAAGCGUGCAACUGGCACACUUCCGGUAGUUGCCGGAUGUGGGCAUGACUGGUUAGAGUCCUGUCCAGAAGCUGAGAGGAAAGACGGAUUCAGAGGUUCAAAAGUAGUUCUCCCUCCAAUAAAGAGUAAGAUAUCAAAACAAAUAUGGCGCUAGAUGCAUGAACAACCAGUGUUUCUUCUUGUUGAAGAAGAGACUGUAAGAAUUGUCCACAAUGAUAGGCCAAGGAGACAAAGGAAAAGGCAUGAACGUUACUGCUUGAUUAAGAUGUCCAAGAGCUUGGAUCAUAGUAUGUGUUAUCACCACACGUAAGGUGUGAACAAGGCUUUAUUAACUAUGGUUGUUUAUAAUGAAUGCUUCUUAUUUGAUUGUAAAUAUUUCAAACAUGUGAAAUAAAAGGA